UAAAUCUCGAGCUACAAGUCAGUCGUUUGUCUGUUUGCAUGCUGCGCUGUUGAAUCUAUAAAUUAUUGUUCCAAGAGGGUUAUUUGCAAAAUUUUUCUGAAAAAAUGCUUUACAUAUGCACUCUUGUGGCUUUGCUCUGCCCCGUUUUGAUGUUAUGUGCUCCGUUGGAAGAUCCGAAUCCCAAGUCUCAGGUUGAAUACAUUAGCAGCGCCAAGAGAGUAGGAUCGGCCAUCGCAUAUCCUAAUAUUGUAACCAUCACGCUGCCACCGGUCGUGACACGAACCGCUCCUCCUCCGCCGCCGGAUUCCAAGAAUUUCGCAUAUAAUGCCGUGACGCAGACCUGGACACUGAUUGCUCCCGGCGAUCAGCUGCCCAACGAGGACACUCUCGUCUGGAAUCAGAACAACGACAAAUGGCUUACUCGCUAAGAAUCCCGCAAAUUGACGUGGCUAUUCCUUAAUCGUUAUGUGCUUUAAUUGUUAAUAGUAAUAAAACUAACAGGGGACACGA